AGGGACCGCUCGGUCAGGAGAGCGGCGCUGCCUGGCGCGCCUGCGCCCGUUGCCAGGGAGACGGGAGGCUGUUGCCAAGGCGACCGACGACUGCGCAGAGCAGCCAAUCAGAGUGGGACUGCGGCUCUGGCUCACCGCUAGGAUGGAGUCCCGGGAACCGGCAGGGCGCCCCGGCCCGGGCGGCUGGGGGUCGGAGCCUCCGAAGCGGGGUGACGCUGCUGCCGCCUCCCAGAGCCCCCGGGCCCCCGACCUGCCCCCACCCCGCGUUCUGGCUGCCCCUGCCCCGGGGAGGAGCGGUGCUACCUCUCUCGAUCUGCACCGCUGCUGAAGGGCAGAUGCCGCGGCAUAGGUGGGUCCGGGGGGCCACGGUCAGGGAGGGCCCCGCCCCGAGCCCCCCGGCGAGCCCCGCAGUGCCCGGCCCCGCGCACGCUCGCUGGGCGCUGACGUGGCCGCUGACAGCAGCCGGCGCCGCCCCGCGCCCCUCCCGCCCGCCGAGGGGCGGCGGCCGCGCAGUCUCGGGGCCGCACGGACGGACCGACGGACGCGCCGCCGCGAGAGCGGAGCUCGGCGCACGGCCAGACCAUGCCCGGGGAGGCCGCCCGCGCCGAGCUGCCGCCGGCCGAGACAGAGGGGCCGGGGCGCCGGACAGAUCUGGCCUGCCAUGUGGCGCUGGCCACCAGCCCCAGAGGGGAGCCACUGGAGCAGUGCGCCCUGAGCCCUGGGCCCAACCCCCUGGGCCUCAGCUUCCUGCCCAGCAAGCCCGGCACCCGGCCCCCACCUGAGGGAGCCAGCUGGGAUGCGGGGCCAGGCAGUGCCCCCUUGGCCUGGGCCGACUCCACGGAGGGUGCUCCUAGCCCCAAGACCCCUGAGAUUCUGCCCACGGAGGGCCUUCUCCCAGACGCUCUGGAGCCUCGGAUUGUGAUGGGCGAGGAGACACAGUGGGGGGCUGCCCUGAGCGAGCUCAGGGAGCAGGAGGGGGGGCCCUGCGGACUGAGCCCCCCACCCGAGCCGUGUUCUCAGGGCCACUCUCCUGUGCCUUUGACUGCCUUGGAGCCCGAGUCCUACUUCACACCUCCGUCCACCCCCAACACCGCCUGGACCCUGCUGCCAGCCCGGGGGCGUGGCCAGGGCCCGAGGGACAUGCCAGCCGAGUUCGGAGACUCGCCACCCACCUCGCCCUCUGGCUCCUACGUCACAGCAGAUGGGGACAGCUGGGCCUCCUCUCCCUCCUGCUCCCUCAGCCUGCCGGACGCUGCCUCGGGCUGGGGCCGUUCCCCUCCGGGGCCCACGGAGGGUGAAUGGGCGCAGCCUCCUGCGGCCCGGCCCGGCUCCUCUUCCCCCGAGUCUAGCCUGUCCGAAGACAGCAGCUCUUCUUGGAGCCAGGAGGGCCACCUGGACCUGGACUUCCUGGCCAAUGACCCCAUGAUCCCUGCUGACCUCCUGCCCUUCCAGGGCAGCCUUAUCUUCCAGGUGGACACCGUGGAGGUGACACCAUUGCCGCCCGAGGAGGAGGAGGAGGAGGAGGAGGUGGCCUCGGGGGACGGGGAUGCGGAAGAUGACAGCACCUUUGCCUCCUCCCUGCAGUCACUGUCUGACCUGUCCAUCACCGAGGGCAUGGACGAGGCCUUUGCCUUCAGGGACGAUGCCUCGGCGACCUCCUCGGACCCCGACUCUGCGUCCUAUGCUGGGGCGGAUGAUGAGCAGCUGUACAGCGGAGAGCCGCACGCCCAACCUGCUCUGCUCAACAACAGUGGGGACCCGGGGGCCCAUGUCCCAGAGGACGAAAGCACCUGCGCCCCUGAAAGUCAGGGGCCCCCCGAAGCCCAUGACCCCCACGACCUGAAGAAAGCCCCUGGCCUCACUGAGACAAGCCCUGGAAUCAGGAGCACAGAAACUGGCCCCAUCACGGGACCAGAACCGACAACCGCAGCCACGGCCCAGCCUCUGCAGCAAGGAGUCGGGGCAGCCUUGGGCCAGGAACCCCUGACAUUGCAGGAAAACGCGGGCAUCCUGCACGGCCCAGACUCCCGGGAGAAUCUGGAAGAAGCAGCCGCGGGUCUUCCCGCGGUGGCCAGCCCUGAGCCCCAGCAGGGACCGACGGGCCGGCCCUCGCUCCGGGAGCCAGACCGGCAGGUCCCAGACACCCACGCAGCCUGCGGCCCGGGGACCGGGGACACCCAAGCCAAAGACUCCGCCUCCAGGGCCUCGACCCCCUGCCACGUGCCUCCUGGCUCUGGGCCCCGGAGCCCAGCCCGCCCGCGCCGACCCCCAGCCGCGCAGCCCCAGAACGACCAGGACAGCCCAGAAGAAGGCUCUGGCCAGCACUCGGACAGCCAUGGCGAGUCGUCGGCCGAGCCCGAGCCGGAGGAGCAGGAGUCCCCAGGACCUCAGACGGCACAAAACCCCACGCAGGCUUUGGCGAGCGGCGGCAGCAGCAGCGAGGACCCAGUAGCUAAAGCCAAGCAGAGUCGCAGUGAGAAGAAGGCCCGGAAGGCGAUGUCCAAGCUGGGCUUGCGGCAGAUCCAGGGGGUCACCAGGAUCACCAUCCAGAAGUCCAAGAACAUCCUGUUCGUCAUCGCCAAGCCUGACGUCUUCAAGAGCCCAGCCUCGGACACUUACGUGGUCUUCGGGGAGGCCAAGAUCGAGGACCUGUCCCAGCAAGCGCACAGAGCUGCCGCGGAGAAGUUCAAGAUGCCCGCGGAGCCCUCCACCCUGGCACCCGAGUCUGCGCCCGGCCCUCGGGUGAGGCCCGAGCGCAGGGAGGAGGAGGAGGAGGAGGAGGUG